UCCCGUCGCAUCGCCUUCGUUGUGGAGUGUUACAGAACUGUAUUACGAAUCAAGUCUGUCGUAGUUGCGACGCGCUAAGCGGGCCCUAUAGACACCUGAUCCGCCGUUCAGCACGUUUCCUCGGUCAUUCAGUUUCGCUUCUCUGGAUCCUGUGACGAAGCCAGAAAGCCAGCCGCGACUGACGCCGUCUCUCCCGCGAUUUCCUAAACCAAAUCCAGCAACUCGUGCACCAUAGCUCGCGCCGCCUGUCAAAUGCCAUCCGCCUCUCAAAUGCCACGUGUCUUCCCGACGCCACCCGCCUCUCAAAUGCCACGUGUCUUCCAGACGCCACCCGCUCUCAAAUGCCACGUGUCUUCCAGACGCCACCCGCCUCUUGCGUCGCAUCGCCCCGUGUUAGGACCCUAGGUACUCCUCUCGACGAACCGGCCCGUGUUUUCUAGUUUCGCGGCGCCUCGAAGCUGUACGUCCCGUAUCAGGACCUUACUAGGUACCCCUCACUACGGACCCCGUGUUUUCUUGUCUUCAACCGUUUUGGUGUGCGCAUCGAGCUCGUAGAAGCAUCCACUCCUGCAGCCGCGGUGCGUUCGACUAGCUAGCUUUCGAUUCGACUCUCAGCCGCGCUACAUGCGGGGAGCGACGACGGACCCCGAGCAUCCUUGAACCCGUUUGGUGUGCGAAUCCGACUCUUAGAAGCAUCUACCACAGUAGCUAGGUUUCAAAUCGGCUCUCAGCCGCGGUAACAUGCGGGGAGCGAGGACGAGCUUUUGAGUCGACUCAAUAGCGAACUCCGAGCUUCGUUGAACCCGUUUGGUGUACGAAUCCGACUCUUAAUACCCAUUAUCCCCAGUAGCUAGGUUUCGACCCUAAGCCGCAGGAUCAUGCGGGGAGCGACGAUGGCAGCGCGGACAAUGCCAAGCGGAAAGAGAAUGCCGAGAGCGAGCGGCAACGGACAGUUUGACGGAUGGCCAGACGGACGGCUACACCGACGGCCAACCGGACGGCUAACCGGAUGGCUAAACGGAUGGCGACAGUUAACAAUGGCGGCCUGCUGGUGAUGGCUGCAUGCGGAAUGAUGGCGCUGCAGGCUGGGUCUGUUAUCAUCCCCGUGCACUCGACGCAGACGACCGCAAUGCAAUCGAUAGCUACCACGUGGCCCUCCGCAACGGUCUCGUGGGUGGCGGGGGGAGAACUGUAGCACGUGGGGUGGGGUGGUGUGCGACGACGACGGCUACGUCACGCAGCUCGACCUGAGCGGGCUCGAUCUGGAGGGGACGAUUCCGUCCGAUGCCAUCUCCACGCUCGUCACGCUGCAAGAGCUCAAGUUGCACGACAAUUCCAUCGAGGAUGAUUUGCCAGUCAAGUUCAGUGCGCUUACCGCGCUCUCCUUCCUAUCUCUGGGCCGCAACGACAUCGCUGGGUUCAUCCCCCCGGGCUACUCCGCGCUCUCGAAGCUCAACUACCUUCUCCUGAGCGACAACCGCAUCACGGACCAAGUGCCCUCGGACCUCAGCACUCUCACCGACCUCGAGGCUCUCGACCUGAGCAAGAACCGUCUGUCUGGCAGCAUUCCAGCCGAAGUCGUCGCUCUCCCCAACCUCAUCUACUUCGACAUUUCAAACAAUGAGCUCUCAGGCCCCGCGCCGACGGGUUUUGCAAGCACCUCCUUCCAAGCAACUGCCGAGGCCACCUACAACAUCGAGAGAAACUAUUUCAACGGGUCGGCCAAUGCUAACAUCACAGCGGGCAACGGAACGAUUUCUUUCUGCCCGAACAAACUCCAGGGAGGGUUCGCACAAGCCGCCCUUCUGCCCUACAGCCCAUCUCUCUAUGGGUCCGUGCGAGGAAACUGCAUGGUAACUUCCACCAAGGGGGCAUGCACGUCAGACAAGCAGCGGAAGACGAAUGAUUGUUUGGCGUUUUGUGGUGCGGGCAUGGCAGGAGGGCCGUGCGGAGGGCACGGGCGGUGUUAUUUGUCUGGACCUUCACGCAUCCCGACAUGCGAAUGCGAGAAGGAUUAUUUCGUGUAUUUUGCAAUUCAGAGUGGGAUCCGAUACCCCUCGUGCAGCAACUCAACCAUGGCUAACCCGCCACCGUCACCCCCUCCGCCCCCACCAGAAGACCCCGACCGUCGCAAGCCAGGUCUCAAGGACACGGAUUACCAGGCUGUACCAACCAAGCCGCUCACCAACUUCAACAAGUACUUCCGCCACGUCAGCAUGGGAUACACCGGCACAGCCACCAAGCCCUCGUGGACGUACAAGACGGCGGUGGACUGGCGCAUGCAGGUGGUCAACAAGCAGAACAGGACUGUUGUGGGACCCACCGUCGACCAGGGCACGUGCGUCGACUCAAAAGGCACGUGCGGUGAGUCAUUGAGUCAACUACGUAAAGCAGGAAGCACCCGGCGCCCGCUCAUGGGCAUACAAGGCACGGCUGGUGGCUGGCAGCUAUCGAGUUGGCCCAUGCGAUAGCCUACGGGCCGAACCAGCCCAAAAUCUCUGGUCGAACCAGCCCAAAAUCUCUGGUGGAACCAGCCCAAAAUCUCCGGUCGAAGCAGCCCAAAAUCUCCGGUCGAAGCAGCCCAAAAUCUCCGGUCGAAGCAGCCCAAAAUCUCCGGUCGAAGCAGCCCAAAAUCUCCGGUCGAAGCAGCCCAAAAUCUCCGGUCGAAGCAGCCCUAAAUCUCCGGUCGAAGCAGCCCUAAAUCUCAGGUCGAAGCAGCCCGAAAUCUCCGGUCGAAGCAGCCCAAAAUCUCCGGUCGAAGCAGCCCAAAAUCUCUGGUCGAAGCAGCCCGAAAUCUCCGGUCGAAGCAGCCCGAAAUCUCCGGUCGAAGCAGCCCAAAAUCUCCGGUCGAAGCAGCCCAAAAUCUCCGGUCGAAGCAGCCCAAAAUCUCCGCCCAAAAUCUCCGGUCGAAGCAGCCCAAAAUCUCUGGUCGAAGCAGCCCGAAAUCUCCGGUCGAAGCAGCCCAAAAUCUCUGGUGGAACCAGCCCAAAAUCUCUGGUCGAAGCAGCCCGAAAUCUCCGGUCGAAGCAGCCCAAAAUCUCUGGUGGAACCAGCCCAAAAUCUCUGGUCGAAGCAGCCCAAAAUCUCUGGUGGAACCAGCCCAAAAUCUCCGGUCGAAGCAGCCCAAAAUCUCCGGUCGAAGCAGCCCAAAAUCUCCGGUCGAAGCAACCCAAAAUCUCCGGUCGAAGCAGCCCAAAAUCUCCGGUCGAAGCAGCCCAAAAUCUCCGGUCGAAGCAGCCCAAAAUCUCCGGUCGAAGCAGCCCAAAAUCUCCGGUCAAAGCAGCCCAAAAUCUCCGGUCGAAGCAGCCCAAAAUCUCCGGUCGAAGCAGCCCGAAAUCUCCGGUCGAAGCAGCCCUAAAUCUCCGGUCGAAGCAGCCCAAAAUCUCUGGUCGAAGCAGCCCAAAAUCUCUGGUGGAACCAGCCCAAAAUCUCUGGUCGAAGCAGCCCGAAAUCUCCGGUCGAAGCAGCCCAAAAUCUCUGGUGGAACCAGCCCAAAAUCUCCGGUCGAAGCAGCCCAAAAUCUCCGGUCGAAGCAGCCCAAAAUCUCUGGUGGAACCAGCCCAAAAUCUCUGGUCGAAGCAGCCCGAAAUCUCCGGUCGAAGCAGCCCAAAAUCUCUGGUGGAACCAGCCCAAAAUCUCCGGUCGAAGCAGCCCAAAAUCUCCGGUCGAAGCAGCCCAAAAUCUCCGGUCGAAGCAGCCCAAAAUCUCCGGUCGAAGCAGCCCAAAAUCUCCGGUCGAAGCAGCCCAAAAUCUCCGGUCGAAGCAGCCCAAAAUCUCCGGUCGAAGCAGCCCUAAAUCUCCGGUCGAAGCAGCCCUAAAUCUCCGGUCGAAGCAGCCCAAAAUCUCCGGUCGAAGCAGCCCAAAAUCUCCGCCCAAAAUCUCUGGUGGAACCAGCCCAAAAUCUCUGGUCGAAGCAGCCCAAAAUCUCUGGUGGAACCAGCCCAAAAUCUCCGGUCGAAGCAGCCCAAAAUCUCCGGUCGAAGCAGCCCAAAAUCUCCGCCCUAAAUCUCCGGUCGAAGCAGCCCAAAAUCUCCGGUCGAAGCAGCCCAAAAUCUCUGGUCGAAGCAGCCCAAAAUCUCCGGUCGAAGCAGCCCAAAAUCUCCGGUCGAAGCAGCCCAAAAUCUCCGGUCGAAGCAGCCCAAAAUCUCCGGUCGAAGCAGCCCAAAAUCUCUGGUCGAAGCAGCCCAAAAUCUCUGGUCGAAGCAGCCCAAAAUCUCCGGUCGAAGCAGCCCAAAAUCUCCGGUCGAAGCAGCCCAAAAUCUCUGGUGGAACCAGCCCAAAAUCUCUGGUCGAAGCAGCCCGAAAUCUCCGGUCGAAGCAGCCCAAAAUCUCUGGUGGAACCAGCCCAAAAUCUCUGGUCGAAGCAGCCCAAAAUCUCUGGUGGAACCAGCCCAAAAUCUCCGGUCGAAGCAGCCCAAAAUCUCCGGUCGAAGCAGCCCAAAAUCUCCGGUCGAAGCAGCCCUAAAUCUCCGGUCGAAGCAGCCCUAAAUCUCCGGUCGAAGCAGCCCUAAAUCUCCGGUCGAAGCAGCCCUAAAUCUCCGGUCGAAGCAGCCCUAAAUCUCCGGUCGAAGCAGCCCAAAAUCUCCGGUCGAAGCAGCCCGAAAUCUCCGGUCGAAGCAGCCCAAAAUCUCCGGUCGAAGCAGCCCAAAAUCUCCGGUCGAAGCAGCCCAAAAUCUCCGCCCAAAAUCUCCGGUCGAAGCAGCCCAAAAUCUCCGGUCGAAGCAGCCCUAAAUCUCCGGUCGAAGCAGCCCAAAAUCUCCGGUCGAAGCAGCCCUAAAUCUCCGGUCGAAGCAGCCCAAAAUCUCCGCCCAAAAUCUCCGGUCGAAGCAGCCCUAAAUCUCCGGUCGAAGCAGCCCAAAAUCUCCGGUCGAAGCAGCCCAAAAUCUCUGGUCGAAGCAGCCCAAAAUCUCCGGUCGAAGCAGCCCAAAAUCUCUGGUGGAACCAGCCCAAAAUCUCUGGUCGAAGCAGCCCAAAAUCUCUGGUGGAACCAGCCCAAAAUCUCCGGUCGAAGCAGCCCAAAAUCUCCGGUCGAAGCAGCCCAAAAUCUCCGCCCAAAAUCUCCGGUCGAAGCAGCCCAAAAUCUCCGGUCGAAGCAGCCCAAAAUCUCUGGUCGAAGCAGCCCAAAAUCUCCGGUCGAAGCAGCCCUAAAUCUCCGGUCGAAGCAGCCCAAAAUCUCCGGUCGAAGCAGCCCAAAAUCUCUGGUCGAAGCAGCCCAAAAUCUCCGGUCGAAGCAGCCCAAAAUCUCUGGUGGAACCAGCCCAAAAUCUCUGGUCGAAGCAGCCCAAAAUCUCUGGUGGAACCAGCCCAAAAUCUCCGGUCGAAGCAGCCCAAAAUCUCCGGUCGAAGCAGCCCAAAAUCUCCGGUCGAAGCAGCCCUAAAUCUCC